AAUAGCCAUUUAGUAAAGUAAAUAUGGAACAUAAAGCUUUGUUCAGUUCAGGAAGUACUGCAUGUUGCUGCUAUCGUCUGCUAAAGCCAGCAUGUUACCCACACAGGAAGUUCUCAGUCAUGGUUCCAGUAAAGAAACACUUCCUCCCUUUUGUGAAAUGUAAUUGCCGUUGAGCAUAGGCGGAUGACCUGACAUUGCAAAGCAGCCCGUGAUGCGAGACGACAGAGUUUUGGGAGGCUUUAAGAGAGAAGAUAAGAAGACAUGUCUGCUCAAAGUGCAAAGAAAAAAAGGCUUGGUUCACGUCGUAGGGUAGCAAACCAAAAUGAAAUAUCCAAGACUGAUGACUCGCACCUAACGGACAGUACCUUUGUAGCUCAAUGCCACAUACCAGAAGAAAAUACUGAAUCUUUAAAUGUAUUGGCUGAUUUUCACAAUUCACAAUCUGAAACCCAACAUCCACCUUCACCUGAACUCUCGGGGAACAGAAGGAAACUGGGGUCUAGUCGAAGGCAUAAAGAAAAGCAUGUUAAGGAAUCUGUGACUGAAUCAUACCAAGAACCUAGAGAUAAAGUUGAGCAUAUGACCAGGACAUUCGCUAUACAACCUGAGAGGCAGGCAGGCGCUUCACCUGAUUAUUAUUCUGAGGUUCAGAACGCUACUCCAACAAACUGUUCAGAGGCUGACCUGGAGAGUUUCAGUUCCAAAUGUGAAAAUCUGCAAGCAGACCGAGAUGAAAAUGAGACAUACUCUAAAGCGAUAUCAGACUCUUGUACAUUAGUGAAAACCACGCAGGAAGGAAUUGAAAAAUCUGACCACCUUCACAGUGAGGAAGUCAAAGAAAGUGCACAUCUUGUUGGAAUCUCUGAGUUAAGUGUUCUUUCGUGUCCAACAGCAGAUGAGCAACUGAUUGACCGAUCAAAUUGCAGGGAAAUACCAGAAGAAAAACCUCCCAAUGUGUGUUCUGUAACAGAAAAAGAAGGCAAGGAAGGAGAUGAGAGCACAGAUUUGUCCUUUUCUAUCACACCGGAGAUAACCACAGAAACAAUCUCCACAAUAGACAAUACUGAAAUUGAAUGCAGUGUUCGACAAGGAACAAUUUCAUCGCUAAAAGCGGAGUUGCCUACAAAAGUGGAACAAAAUGAGGAUUUUGAUUUAGUAGAAGUCGAAUGUGCUCAUCAUUCAGAAGACGGUGUAAACAAAGUGCAUGAAAAUGAUUACUCAUCUGAAAGUGUCAUACAGCAUGUCAAAGAGUCUGUUGCCGAAUCAGACCAUGAACCUACAGAGCAUGUGGUUGGAAAUAUCACACUUCAAAGACUCUGA